AUGAAGCGAAACCUGGAGGAGUACACGGCAGGACCGUUGAACGAAGAUACAGGCCAGCGAUCGGCAUUUCCGCUGGACGAGCAAGUGGCCGACCUGGACCUUGAAGGGCCCCCUAUGGAUGUCGCUCAGUAUCUAGCCCAGGUGAAACGAGAAGCAAACCAGAGUCCAGCAUUUACGACAGUCAAAGGACAGAGACGUGCCACAACACCCUCAACAUACUCGAAGAAAUACACGGAGAUGUCUCUUGUUAUGCCACUAUCUGUUAUCAACGAGUGGAGAGUGGAGAUCAGAAAGUCAUUCAUGGAGUUACGGAAAACUGUGCAAUCGCAUGGAGAUGAACGACCUGAACUACCAGCUGAUUCAGAGCUACCGACAACAUUUUCAAAAUGGAAAACGUUCAUUUCGGGCUCUUCUUCUCCCGAACCAACACUACAAUUCAUUGCAUCGUUGCCCCACCAGCAAUUGUUCAUGCUCUUGGAGUACUGUCAUAAAUGGCUGGGACCUAAAAUCAGCCGUGGUCUCAGUAUAUGGCUCAUGGGUCUGUUGUCGUGUCUGCCCGACAUUCUAGACGCGUCAGAGCAGGCGUCAGUACGGAGUCUGGGUAAACGAGCUCUGGAGAUUCUACAGAACCCCAAAUAUGAUCGACUGACAGACGUUACGGAAUUUGCAUUGAAAUCAGUCGUCAUCAUUUGUGCCGACGUCUACCACCAGCAUGAUCUCGUCGAAACUGUUGCAAUUAUGGAACGAGAACGUCCUGUUCAAGUGAAUGAGAUUGUUCUUGACUACUAA